UGUGUUCCCUGACGGAAGAAAAUGAGACGGAACUUCCGUCCGGGAUGUGCUUGCAUGUUCUUUUACUUUAAGGUUGAGAAAGGCGGAGAGAUUCAUAGAAAACUUGUUGUGCCCACCUCUAACAGCACAGUUAAUGUUAAUGGUGAAAUUUAGCAAAAACGUGGAGCCAGCAGGACAAACAACGGCUGGGUGCAGCAGAGGGAGAAAUCUGGGAGAUUUCUGAAACAUCAGCCGCAGACCCUUAACAGGAGCUUUCACGUUUAACGGGAAAUGAGCAACAGAGAAAAAACUUAAUGCUGUUUUAAUCCUCCGCCAUCAGCUCGACUUAUUUGAUGUUUGCCAGAUGGUGUUGAGUAAAGAACAGGCUCCUGAAGAACGGAGACCUGGUGUGAGCCAGAUGGACCUGGAGACCCUCAACAUGAAGGAGGAAGAGGAGGAGCCACUUAAUGAGGUGUGCUCUGUAGAUGUUCAGCAGAUGGUGUUGAAUAAUGAAGAGGCUCCUGAAGAACUAAAUCCUGGUGUGAGCGAGAUGGACCUGGAGACCCUCAGUGUAAAGGAGGAAGAGGAGCCACUUCAUGAGAUGAUGGAGACUUAUGCCACCAGGAUUUCAUUCAAUGCCGUUUCUUGUCAGUGUGAGGAGGAUGAAGACAAAGUUCUGUUGUCACAGUUUGAUCAGCACCAGGCUACAGACGGAGAUCUUCCAACCAGCCCCUGUCCUGACCACAUGAAAGCAGUAAGUGGUGGAGAGGACUGUGGAGGAACAGAAAGUAGCAGGAAUCCAGAUCUAAAUCCUUAUGAAGAUGAUUCUGAUUCAUCAGAGACUGGAAUUGGUUUGAAAAAAGAUGACCAGGAUGGGAAAUAUUGUGACUGUCGGCUGAAAUCCUUGUCAGACUCGGAACCAGAAACUGAAGACAGUGAAAAAGAAUGGAAUGAGAGCGAGUCUUCUGAGUCAGAUGUUAAGGCUGUGACCAAAUCUUUAAGCUGCCCUGAGUGUGGUAAACCUGUUCUCCACAAAGGGUCUCUCCAGAAACACGUGAGAGUGACAAGUCCUUCAUCAACGAGGUCCUCAGGCUGUCGGGGCAAAAUGAAGCAAAAAGUAGGGUCAUGCAGGAAAGUCCAGAAUCAACUAAAAUCAUUUAGUUGUGAAGAUUGUGGAUUUUCUUUUAGCAAUAAGUCAAAUCUUACCAGUCACCUGAAAAUCCACACAGGACAAAAGCCUUUUAUGUGUGAUUUUUGUGGACAAAGAUUUAGACAAAAGUCAGUUUUGCAAAAUCAUAUUCAAAUCCACACAGGACAAAAACCAUUUAUGUGUGAUGUUUGUGGACAUAGAUUUAGCCAAAAGACAAGUUUAAAAGCUCAUGUGAGUGUCCACACAAGACAGAAACUGUUUGUUUGUGAGCUCUGUGGAAAAAGAUUUAGCCAGAAGCCAAGUUUAAGCAGGCACAUGAUAGUCCACACAGGACAGAAACCACAUAAUUGUGAGCUCUGUGGACAAAGAUUUAGUUUUAAGGGAGAUUUAAACAGACACUUAAAUGUCCACACGGGACAAAAACCUUUUGCAUGUGAUUUUUGUGGAAAAAGAUUUAGCCAAAAUGCUAAUUUAAAAACUCACAGGAGAGUCCACACAGGACUGAAACCUUUUGUGUGUGACGUUUGUGGAGACAGGUUCAGGCAUAAAGUAAGUUUAAACACGCACAUGAGAGUCCACACAGGAAACAAAAAGCAACUUUAACUACAAGUCCCAAUCUGAUUCUUCACCAAGGCAUUAAAAUAAGAAUAACCUCCAAAUUGUCCUUUAAAGCCCCAAACUGUUUACUAUUAAAUCCUGUUUCCAGUUCACAAACUUGUCCUUUUUCACCAAUAUUUCUCACCAACAUCAAUUCUAACUAUUCCUCUCAACUUGAAAUUAUACAUUUUUAUAUACAUAAACUGUGUUCGAGCCGCCAUGGUCAUCCACCAUUUUAAAAUACAGUAGCUGUUUAAGGACAUACGAGCUCCACGUAACCGUUUGGACUGUGACUGUAACCUGAAAGAACCAGCAGAGGGCAGCAGUGCGCCCUGGAAGUAUGGAGUCUGCUAAUUCAACUAAGAAAUAGAAAAGAAUAGCUACACCGUUGCUGUACUCGUGUUAUGGCUACCAGCCUGGCCAGUGAGAUUCAGGAGCCAGGAUCACCCAGCCCCGGUGAUCAGCCUGACACCGCCCCUCCUCCUCCUCCCUUCCAGGCUGCUGAGGAGCACAGCUGAGCUGAAUCCUGCUGGUUACCAACAUCUGGAUAAAAGGCUGUGCCUUCAGCAGUCUGGGAGGCAGCAGUGCAGGGGUUCUGCUGUCCUCCAGGCCUCAGUUUGUGUUCAACCCCUUUGUUUGGAUGAGUUUUUACUUUUAUAGUUUAAACUGAGUGAUCCAGAGGGAUCUUUUUGAUGCUUGUUGAUUAAAAAGGUUAACUUGGUUUGUUGCAAUUUUUAAGAACACCUUCUGUUCGGUAAAGCUUUUAAUAAGUUUUUACCAGGUGUUUUUAUAGCUGGUAAUUUGUGUAAUGUUAACCUUUUUGAGAGUUUGUUAGUUUUGCAUAACUUUGAAUAACUUACAAUUAAAUCAAGACAUUUAAAGUUUGGCAGUUCGUCAUUAUGUCCAACACAAGGAAGCUGCAUAUGUUCAGACCCCCGCCCUCUAUUAGCUGGAUGCUGAGUAGUGUCUCUUGGGCCAUUCCCAUCUGUACCGGGUCGGCCCGGGCCGGGUAGCCCCAGUCGGCCCCAGCCUGGCCCGGUUGAUUCCACACAUCCUUGCCUUAAGCCCAUGUGGGCUGAUUCUACCCACCAAUCAGAGGCUUGCUCUAAUGGAAGAUGUGAAUUUGCUGUCAGAAGUGGGCGUGUUGGCCCUGGUUGGCCUGAAGCAGACCUCCUCGAGAAGAGGGCUGAAAAUGAGCCUUGGUUGGCCCGGGAAAAUACCAGGCCACCCAGAUAUGUAAACAACCUACGCUACCCGGCCCGGGCCGACCCGGUACAGAUGGGAAUGGCCCAUCUGACUCCCAAACUCACCUCAAGUUGUUCAUCUGUCUUCUCAGUACCAGAAUUCCCGACCCGGUCCCAACGUGUCCGUUCCAAAUUCCUUCUACUCAAGUCUCCUCUCUUCCCGCAGACUGCCAUCUCCCAACAUGCUCCAACGCUCAUGCACUAGCCAGUGGCUAAAUCAUCAUUGUUUAUCUCCACAACACUCUACUAACGGAGAUGUAGUUCUUCACGUGUUACAGAGACACUCCGACACAGAGGGCUUCUUCUCAAACGAUACCUUUAGGUUUGGGUCUCCUUUUGCUGGUAAUCUGUGGGAGUUUACACACAGCAUACACAGCGUCUUCCCGGCUCUAGCCAUGGCUAACCAGUACUCGGAAUAUUUCAGGGGAACACAAUUUCUCACAACACCUGACCUCCCGGCUGACGUCACCUCUCUUCCUUGUGUGAAUCGUAACCGCUUCAAGAUCUAUCAGAACUAGCUUGCUUCCUUCAGAACUGGUAGGUUAAUAAACAGUCAUCAUUAUAAAUGCUUUUAGGUUGAGUAGUUUGUUUUAAGCUUUGUGUGGGUUAGGCUACACAGGUUGGAAAUUGAUUAAACAGUCAAACUCAUGAGUGAGCCACCGUAGCUGCAAUACUUUCUCUGAACUGCACGGUGCAAAAGAGUUGCACUUUUUCAUCAUGAUUCCAGUGGAUUUCACACAAGGGGCCUUUAAAUUUUAUAAAUUGUUAAUUUGCUUUGUUCUUUCUGUGUGACUGACAUUGCUGUGUUGUCCAAGAAAUAAAAACUAUUGAUGCAGAAGAACUUGUUGAAAUUUAAACUCAGCCAUUAUUAUUUUAUUUGAAAAUCUUUAUCUCAGGAUGAUUUUGUGAUUUUUUUUUGUUUUAUAAAAUUAAAUCUGAUCUUUUCCACCUGAUUCAGAUUAUUUGAAAAUUGUGAUUGGAUCAGAGCAUUCCUACUUCUAAAGGUAGGUUUUUGAUAUAAUUAGCCAUUGUAUUGUGUAUUUUAUUAAUCUUUCCCUGCAACGCGGCUUUGUCUCUAAUUUCUGAACAUGAUUUUGUGGAACCUAGCCUUACAAAAACCCAGUUUGGACUCCUCUCAGCCUAAAAAUGACAGGCCCAUUUCUGCUCUUUAUAAAAUUUUAGGUAAAGGCUGAUUAACUGAUAACUUGAAACGACACAAGUUUGGUAUUUUCCAAUCUAGUUAUAGAUCAUUCAACAGAAACCUUUGCCUAAAGGCUCCAGUGACUAAAAGGUGGGUGCAGAAACCAGGGAAGUUCGUCUUUUUUUUUCUUUCUUUCUUUUUCUUUUUUUUAAUCAUUCUGCAGCUUUUGACACGGUUGAUGACAGCUCCUUAAGUCUUUGUGAGUUGGUGAGUAUCUCUGGAACUGUUCUCGACUGGUUCAGGUUGUGCUUUUCAGUGUGUAUAAACCAAAUCAUGUCAGAUUCCACCAAUCUGUUCUGUGGGGUACCCCAAGGCUCUGUUUUAGGUCCACACUUGUGGUUACUAUAUAUACAUCCUCUUGAAAAGAUAAAGGGAUUUUUCAGUCAUUUUCUUGAGUCAUUGUGUGCUGAAAUGAUUGGGUUAACGAAAGGUCACCUAGCCUCCAUUGCCCCCUGUGGCUAGAAUUUUCCACUUGCACCUCCACAGUUGCAGGUCUGGUCUGUUGGACUUGGAAAAAAAUUGAGCUGACAUGCCUGGCGAUGAAGUCUGCUUCCAGCAUGUUUCCUGCAUGUUUUAGAUCAUGAAUACAGAUUAUUAAUUUAGUGAAGAAUCACUCAUGUGGAUGUUUUAUUUUUUGUUUUGGUUUUAAUUGUCUUCAUUUUUUACAUAGUAAAAGCAUUUUGACCAUGCUGUAAUUUUGAUGUGAUUUUCUUUGGGAAGCCCUUUAUGUUUUUUCGUCUUUGAAAAGUACUAUGUAAAUUAUUCUUUCUUUAUAAAUAAAGAAGAACCUCACUAGCAAACAAAUACAAGGGAAAUUGUUUUAUAUCUUGUGAUUUUAAGAUGUUGCCCCAUAUAUUCAUAAUAAUUAUUUAAUCUGUCAACUCUGCGAUCCCCAGUUAUGUUUGCAGAUGACACAAUAUUAGUUCUGUCACACUUCCAACUACCUUCUGGUCUAGCAGGCAAAGAUACAUGGUUCAAAAUUAAUCUAUCUUUAGAUGUAAAUAAAUAAAUAAAAUAAAAUCUAUAUUGUAUUUUGUGGAAAAGCAUCUUACAACAAAAAUGUAACCAAAAUUAAAAUCUUAAAUACCGAGUUAUCCCAGGUCUCAACUACAAAUUUCUUGGAAUUGAAAUUGAUGAGAGGCUGGGCUGGAAAAUGCAUGUUGGCUAUAAAAAAAAAUCUACAAGCCAUCGGCAUAAUAAGGAAGGUUUGCGUAUUUGUUUCUACAAAGUGUCUUUUCAUGUGUCUUGUGUAUCCUCAUCUCCUUCAUGCAACAUGAUUUUUGGUGCCCAAAUGCCUACAAACGGCCUUACUUGGUACUUUUUCCACUACUCUUAAAGGGAUAUGCCACCCAAAAUUGAAAUUUUGUCUUGACCUUUUUCCCAGAGUUUGAUGUCACGCACACACACACAGUCAGUUUAGGGUGCACAAAUGUUAACAUGGUAAUUAGACUAAUCUAAAACAUAAACUGAAAUAUAAGGUAAACAUAUAAGUGUAGACCGUCACAUGUGCCAGGAUGAACCAGCAAAAUGUAAAGUUGCUGUAGUGCACUAAUUUUCCAGCAGAACCACUGUUAGCGAGACCUUCUAGCUGCAACAUUCAGUUCAGUGAUGGCUCUAGGAUAAAAGCUGUUUAGCAGCCUGGUGUUGCAUGUUUUUGUUGCCCUGCAUUGUUUGCCAGAUGGAGGACGUGUGAAGAGAUGAUUAGCAGGGUGGGUUGAGUCCUUUAGGAUGUUUGUGGAUUUUCAAAGGCAGCGAGUGGUGAAGAUGUUAUCCAGGACAGACAGGUUUGUGUUUGCUAUGUUCUGUGCAGUUUGGAUUACUCCCUGCAGGGCCUUCCUGUCAGCUGCAGAGCUGCUGCUGUACCACAUCAGGAUGCUGUUGGUCAGGACGCUCUAUGGAGCAGGGAUAAAACGACGCCAACAGUUUUUGUGGGAGGUUGAUCUUUCUGAGAGCCCUCAGGAAGUAUAUUUUGUUGUGCCAUCUUUAUUAGACAUUUGGUGUUGUGUGUCCAUGUGAGGUCCUCUGAUAUGUUUGUGCCCAGGAACUAGAACUGUGACACCCUGUCCACCUACUCUCAAUUUAUUGUGAAUGACUGGUGCUCCACCCUUUUCCUUCUUGGAUCAAUGAUUUCUUUGGUUUUGUUGGUGUUCAGGGUCAGGUUGUUAGCUGUCCACUAGCUGCUGCACUUCUUCUCUGUACGCUGACACCACUGUUGUAUCAUCCACAAAGUCACGUCCAAAGUCCACGUUUUGUGUAAAAUGUACCUGUGCACAAUGAGAACAUUUGCACAGUUUUCCAUUUAUGUUCUCACUCCCUGUCAAUAUUCUGCUACUUUAUUUUAUUCAGUUCAAUUCAAGUUUAUGUAUAUAGCGCCAAAUCACAACAAGAGUCGUCUCAAGGCACUU